CAUUCCAUGUGCCAGACAACACAAUGACAGACAGAAGGGUGACAGGUGACAAUUAAAGACAUCAACUUUUCUUUGGUCAUUGCAUCAACGAAAAUAAAUUUUAGUUUAUUUAUAUUAUUAAGUAGGUAUUUAUUUAAGAGAGUAAAGUAAUAUACAUUUUUAUUUUCAAAUUAGAAAAAGAUACAGCUGAUAUAUUAAGGAUACGAAACCAUUUACUCUUAAAAUUUACCCUUAAGAUUGAAGAAGUAAGCUAAGUACCUUUUCUCAUGCACAAUUUUACGACUUACAAUCAUAGAUGUAUUAAAAUAGCUCAUAAUAGAGAGCUAUCGGUAAGUAACCUUACCUAGCAUAUAAAUCAUCAUUUUUAUUCGCCAACAAGGGAGCCAUAACAAAAGAAAAGAAGAAUUAUCCCAAAUGGAUAGUGUUAAAGAAAUGUCUCCCAAUUUGGUGUGCCGCCUGUGUCUGGCAGUGGAGGUGCGGUUGUUGUCCAUCACGGGCUCGCUGCAGGAGGUCUACGAGAAGCUUACGGAUACUGUGCUGCAUUCGCUGGACGCGCGGCCGCUGGUGGCCUGCUACCUCUGCCACGCUCAGCUCCGCAAAUGUCGCAGGCUGAUGCUGGGCUCGGCCAGGGCGGAGGCUCUGCUCACUGACAUGUUGCAGACCAGUUCCAAGAUAUCUCCGGAGAUGGUGUCGUCAAUAGACCGGUUUGCCAACGGUCUCUGCUCGCUGGCCGCCACCGGACCAAAGUGCUUGGAGACGAUUCCUCCAGAAAUAACCUCGGCAUUCAAACGGGAACUGAAUGCAGAUGAUAUCAAAUCAGAUGUUGAAGAUAGUGUGUCGGAUGAUGAGACAGCGAUAAUUUUCAAGGGCAGGAAUCUGAAGGAAGCAGAGGCUAUAGCACAAACUGGGCUCAAAACCGUGUCAUUGUUGUUACACAACAACGUGUUGACCUUGGACGCAGGUCCUCAGCCGGCAGCCGAAUACGAGGUCCCGCUCAGUGUGUCGCACCUGUGUGACGCAGUGAUGGACACAGCGCAGCGGCGGCGGCGAGGGGAAGGUGCUUCCUCAGCCCAAACGUCGGGAGCUGACAAACCGGAACAAGCUAAAGGAAGAACACCCGACAAAACACAGCGGAAGACUAGAGAAUCAACCACUCGGGCUGCAGGGGGACUCCACCAAUGUGAUGUGUGUCAACAACAGUUUAAAUAUGCUUGUCUUAUGAAGAGACACUAUAGAAUCCACACUGGCGAGAAACCUUUUCAAUGUAAAGUGUGUCACAGGGCGUUUAGUGAGAAAAGCCAUUUAUCAGAUCACAUGAGAACUCACACUGGUGAGAAACCUUUUCAGUGUGACGUGUGCCAAUACUGGUUUAGACAUAAAUCUGCUUUAUUGAGCCACAGAAGAACUCAUACUGGCGAGAAGCCUUUUAUAUGUGAAGUGUGUCAUAGAGCUUUUAGGGACGAUGAGGAUUUAAAAUACCACAAAAGAGUUCACAUCGGUGAGAAACCUUUCCAAUGUGAAGUGUGUCAGUACAGAACUAGUAGGAAAUCUGAUUUGUUAAAACAUGUAAGAGUUCACACCAGUGAGAAACCUUUUCAGUGUGACGUGUGUCAAUACAGGUGUAGUCAGGAAUCUGCACUAUUAAAUCAUAUGAGAAGUCAUACCGGUGAGAAACGUUUCCAAUGUAAAUUGUGUCCCAGACAGUUUAAGCACAAUUGUGAAUUAUUGAAACACACAAAAAUUCAUAUUUUUGGGAAACCUUUUCAAUGUCAUCUGUGUGAAAAGGCAUUUAAUGAGAAAAGCCAUUUAUCAACUCACAUGAGAAUUCACACUGGUGAGAAACCUUUCCAGUGCGACGUGUGCGCGAAACAGUUUAAAUAUAGGAACAGUUUACUGCCACAUAUGAGAACUCACGCCGAGGAGAGACCUUUCGAAUGUGACGUUUGUAAUAUGGCUUUUAAAGAAAAAAGUAAUUUGACGAGCCACAAAAGAAUCCACACCGGUGAGAAACCUUUUCAAUGUGAAAUAUGUCAAAGUGUGUUUAGUUUAAGAAGCUCUUUAGUAGAUCACAUAGGCAUACACACUGGCGAGAAACCUUAUCAAUGUGACGUCUGUCAAAUGGCGUUUCGUCGAAAAUACCGUUUGUUAUUACACAAACGAACUCACACUGGUGAGAAACCUUUUCAAUGUGAUAUCUGUCAAAACACAUUCACUCGUAAACAGUCUCUGGCGAUACACAUCAGAACUCACACCGGCGAGUUGCCGUUCCAAUGUGAUGUUUGCCACAAGGCUUUUAAUCGAAAAUAUUCCUUAUCAAUACAUAGAAGAACACACGUUAGUGAUACAACGUUUUGAUGUAAAUAAGUAAAAUGUUGGGUCCACAAUCUCAGCUGUUCGUGGUAUAUGACACCAGUGAGGCCGGUGAAUAAAUGAAAUCUUUAUUUUACUUAACUCUAGCUUAUAUACUAUUAAUAUAUAUAAUAUACGCGUCUCACUCGGACGUGUUGCGCUGACACAACGUCACAUGACAAUAAGACUGACAGAGAUUAUUUCCUCUAACACAUCACAUCCAGGUUCGCAAGAAUCCUAUCCUGGCAUAUUAUAAAAAUAAGUCGCUAUCGCGUUUGUUUUUCUGUCUGUAUGAACGCGAUAAACUCGAAAAUUACCGGACCGGAAUUUAAGGUUAAGUGUAUAAUUUAUUAUGGUUUUAUCGGACGACCUCGAUGGCGCAGUGGUAAGGUUCUUGCCACUGAACCGAGAGGUCCUGGGUUCGAUCCCCGGUCGGGUCAUGAUGGAAAAUGAUCUUUUUCUGAUUGGCCCGUGUCUUGGAUGUUUAUCUGUAUAUGUAUUUGUUAUAAAAUAUUUGAGUUAGUAUCCCAUAACACAAGUCUCGAACUUACUUUGGGGCUAGCUCAAUCUGUAUGAUUUGUCCUAAUAUAUUUAUUUAUUAUUAUUAUUUAUCCGAGCGAAGCCGGGUAGAAAGCCGCUAGUAAUAUAUGCGAAAGUAAAUUUGUUUGUUACCUCUUUAUCUGCUCAUCUUGAAAUGCUGCAUACAUAUAGUUACAAACGGACUGCUCCCGUCAGUAAAAGCUAAUAAUAAAAAAAUAAGAAUUAUAUGUUUAUUCUAUUGUAACUAUAAUGAAUUUUAUUGUAAGUUAUGUGGCCUUAUAUAUUCCGCCAGACGUAUGGCACACAAAAAUUAUAAACAUCUAAUUGAAUAAUUUGUUGUAUGGAAUACCUCAUAUAUAGGAUAGCAAUGGUUGACAUAGUGUGAGCCAUAUAUAUGUCUACAUGACUACAUAGUGUGAGACAUAUAUAUGUCUACAUGACUACAUAGUGUGAGCCAUAUAUAUGUCUACAUGACUACAUAGUGUGAGCCAUAUAUAUGUCUACAUGACUACAUAGUGUGAGACAUAAGAAACGUGUGUCAAUAAACUUAUUUUUAAUUAUUUUUAUUGUUACUGUUAGAUAAUGCAUUUAACAUUAUUGUACUUUUACACAUUGUAUUUUGUGCAAUAAAUAAGUCAAAUAUGUAUAAGUUUUACGUUAAUGUGGUAAUUCAGUUGGAGCUUGUAAAUGUGCGGUUGCAUAUUAACUAAUUCUGCGAAUGGCAAGACCGCGAUUCAGUCAUUUCAACCACAGUCGCCAUCUGUCCGCAGUAUUGCGAACUAUCACACACAGGCAAAUACAAGUAUUCCUGUUUACAGAUGUAGCUAGUUGUUUUUGUCAUUACUAUUAUUAUCUUGUUGGAAUGCCGUCUGACCGAUGUGUACUCCCAUACUGUGUACCACUUUAUCAAACAAAUAAUUAUAUUUUCCGUUUAUAAAUAAACUAUUUGUGCCUAC